AUGGUUGAGAAAGUAGAUGAAAAUGACGUGGUUGUCACAAUCGGAGUAUGUGCCAUGGCUAAAAAAGCCAUGUCAAAGCCAAUGAAGGAGAUUUUGCGAAGGAUGGACAAGUUUCAGCAUAUUCAGAUAAUAAUUUUUGAAGAGAAAGUGAUCCUUGAUUCUCCUAUCGAAUGUUGGCCCAUAUGUGACGCUCUUGUUAGCUUUUAUUCUGAAGGAUUUCCCCUUGAGAAGGCAAUAGCCUACUCGAAACUUCGGAAACCAUACCUUGUCAAUGAUUUGGAAUCGCAAUAUAUCUUAAUGGAUCGAAGACGUGUGUAUGAGUGUUUAACCAGAGAAGGUGUUCCAGUUCCAAGAUAUGCUUUCGUCGACAGAACAGUAGAAAACCCUGCAAAGGUCGUCGAGCUUGAUGAUUCUGUCGAGAUUAAUGGAGAGGUUUUCCACAAACCGUUUGUUGAGAAACCUUUGGAUGCAGAAGACCAUAAUGUGUAUAUAUACUUUCCUAGUAGUGCUGGAGGUGGCAGUCAGCGGCUGUUUAGGAAGGUAGGAAACCGCAGCAGCAAGUACUUCUCACAUAGCAACAUACGGACCAAUGGAUCGUAUAUGUAUGAGGAAUUUAUGCCAACAGAUGGUACUGAUGUAAAGGUCUACACAGUUGCAGAUGAUUACGCCCAUGCGGAGGCUCGGAAAUCUCCUGCUUUGGACGGGAAAGUGGAAAGGGACCAUGAGGGCAAAGAAGUUCGUUAUCCCGUGAUAUUGACACCGAGAGAGAAAAUCAUCGCUAAGAAAGUGGCAAAAGCUGUACGACAACAGAUCUGUGGAUUUGAUUUGCUUCGGGCUAAUGGCAUGUCUUACGUCUGUGAUGUAAACGGAUUUUCUUUUGUAAAGUCUUCUAAGAAGUAUUAUGAUGACUGCAGUCAUAUCCUAGGCGUACUUAUCACACGGAAGAUAGCCCCUCGUUUGUGUCUCCCAGCUAACUUACCUCCAGGUACAGAUGUUGACACACCAUUGGUGCCAACAACGUGUGGAACGAUAAUGGAACUUCGGUGUGUGAUCGCAGUCAUUCGUCACGGAGACAGAACACCAAAGCAGAAAAUGAAAAUGGAAGUUUGGCAUGAAAAGUUUUUCUCCUUCUUUACUAAAUAUGCUGGCGGUUGGGCUCAUGAACUAAAAAUUAAACGUCCAACUCAAUUGCAAGAGGUCUUGGACAUCGUGCGAUCAAUUUUAGAUGAGAUUGAUUCUGGUAAAUGUAGUGAUAAUCGUCUUCUGAGGAUCAAACCGAAAUUUGAACAGCUAAAAUACGUUUUAGAAAUGUAUGGGUCGUUUAGUGGAAUUAAUCGCAAAAUUCAGUUAAAAUACCAACCACUUGGAAUUGGCAAAGGUUCAAAGAUCGGUUACUCAAGUAGUGCCUUGACACCAUAUGAUGGGGCUGAUGGUUCAGAUAAUACCCAACCGACUUUGUUGGUUGUUGCAAAAUGGGGUGGAGAACUAACAGCUGCGGGAAAACAGCAAGCAGAAACUCUGGGGAAAGCAUUUCGUUGUAUUUACCCUGGUGGGGAUGGUCAUUAUGGCAAAGACCCUGGCCUUGGAUUAUUGCGAUUGCACAGUACGUAUCGUCAUGAUUUGAAGAUAUAUGCAUCUGAUGAAGGUCGAGUUCAAAUGACAGCAGCAGCUUUCACUAAAGGUUUCUUGGCACUAGAAGGUGAACUACCACCGAUACUCGUUCAAAUGGUCAAAUCAGCUAAUACUAAUGGUCUUUUAGACAAUGAUAAUGAUUGUCGUCAUUAUCAACAAAUGGUAAAACGUCGCAUAAACGAAGUGAUGUCAAAAGACAGUGAUUUCACGGCUGAAGAUAUUGCUGCUCUUGUGCCUACCGGUGCACGUUCCAUUGUUAAUGCAAUGCACUAUGUUGACAAUCCAUAUAGAGCUUGUGAAAGAUUAUUCGAACAUGUCCGUUUGUUAUCUAAUCGUCUCGCUUGGCUCUCUGGGAGUCCUAAAGAAAGGAGUCGAAUACAUUUAUAUCAAGGUGAAAGCUGGGACUUGCUACUAAGACGAUGGGGAAGUUGUUGA